CCGACCUUUAACCUCAACAAAGACGAAUACAAAUCACUCUUAAGCUAUAGUCUCAUACAAACCGUCUGAAGAGCGCGUCAAUCAUGGAUCCUUCAAUCUUUAGCGGUCUUCCAUACUUCAACCCUUUCAUGAUGAUUAACACCUCCGGCACCUGCGCAACCACGCGCCUCGUCCAAUGCCGCGACUUUGGAGUCAUGAUGAACGACGUCUCGCGCAAGUUCGACAAGGACCCCGAGGAUGUGCCAGAUUUGUCGAGGGACGAUUUUGUGUCGAGGCAGAUCGUAUUGAAGCAGACGGAGGGGAUAAGACAGAUGUGGACACCAAUUUUGUAUAUGUAUGAGAUCGUGAAAGCUUCGGCUAAACGUCAGCGAGACUGGGGUCAUCUGUGCUUCACCGACAUGACCACCACGCGUUUUUUCCUCGUUAUGAUCUUCCCUUCGACCUGCAAUUGCGGAAAUUAUUCACACCACGACUAUGCCGCGGUAACGAAGUAUCACGCCGACAAGUUCUUCUCUCUCCUCACGCUUCUCUGGCACAAUGACCAGCCGCCAAACUGGGUCCGGGCAACGUACACGACUCCAGACCACGCCUACAGAGUUGACCCAACCCUGCUCACUCGUUCCGAUUCCCCGCCUACCACCACACCGAACAACCUCCCCCAAAUCAUCGAAGUCAACUCCAGCAAUUUCGUUCCAUCGAUCCUCCCCUCCGAGGUCGAGAAAGUCGAGAACCUGUUGGCUCAGAAAGGGCCGCGCGCAAAGAAGAUAUCGGAGGAUGUGAAGAAAAUGGUGCAGGGGACAAAGCAGGAGAUCAGACCGGAUGUCAAUGGGCAGGCUUGGAAGCAGAAGAACGCAAGACAAUGUGCGGCUUGUGAGGCGAUUAAGGAGAAGGAUUUGGCGACUUGUUCGAGGUGCAAGCUCGUGUAUUAUUGCUCCAAAGAAUGCCAAAAAGAGCAUUGGCCAAGACACAAAAUAUGGUGCAAGAAGUCUUCUCAGACGCCUGCGUGAGUUCUGUAUGCAAUAUAUCUUGUUAUGUACGACUGUAAGAGAGAGGACUUGAUUGUGUAUGAUUUCUUGAAGAACAAAAGCGCACCAAUGUAUCCACUGCCAGCCUCACUGUUUGUACAACAAGCUGCCACCUCCAAUAUGUCUCGUAUUAUAUCCAUCAAUCAGCGGGGUUUAUACAUGCACGGCGAUGUCUAUGGACCCGACGACUGGACGGUGUUUCUGUACGAAAAGAGCAGCUAGCGUUCUUUGCUGCUGGCGAGUACUUAUACGUGCAUUCUGGGCCACGUUCAUAGAUCAAUAUACACCCAUCCAUUCCCCCUCCUUCGUUUGCAUAGGUUAUAAAGUAGCCUCUGAUGCC